GGCGGGUCAAAUCCUCAGACUGUACCUUGGUGGACCGUGCCUGCCUGUUUUCGUGCGGAGCCCACUUCCUCAGCAUCCGGCUCCUCCUAACAGCGCCCACUUUCCCCCACAGCUCUGUUGCCCACCGCGCUUUCCUCAGCCCUUGACCUCGUCUCCCUGCCCGCCCAUCAACUUUGGAGCUCAGCUCCCAUUCCCCCUCCUUCCGUGCUUCGCUUCCUCCUUUCUCUUCCGUACCCCGUACCCUGCUUCUCGUCUCCCUUGCAUAAACCUGGAGCGUCGGCAAGGUUUGUCCCAGUGCUUGCAGCAACCCCGUGCCAAAAUACAAAGAACCUCCCCCACCGACCCCACCACAGUAAACACAGUCUAACACACAACGCACAUAAAAGCCACCGACGGAGGGAGCCGAGAGCUCGUUUUGUCCCGGUAUAUCUUCAAGUGCUGGAAGCAAAGGUCCUAUGUUGGCUAGUUGAGACAAAUAUAAAUAUGGCCUUCUACAGUUGUAAUACAGUCUUAGCUAUUGCCCGAACACGGUUCCCUAGCCAUUUUGUCCAUCCUACCUGCUCUUCUUAUUCCCCAUCACUUGCAUUUCUUCACUUGCCAGAUUCUCAUUUAAAUAAAACAUAUGCGAAGAACUAUGGAAGGAAGAAGUACUCCUAUGCUAGUCAGUCAGGCAAUAAAGUACUUUGCUUACAAACUGGAAUAGUACAAAAGCUACACACAUCAACUUGCUGGCUACAAGAGGUCCCUGGUAAACCUCAGCUGGAGCAAACCCCCCAAAAGCCACAGGUGACAAGCCCUCAGCCCACAAAAGAAACUGGCACGAAGACUAAGGAAGAAAAGCAAUCUUAUAGACAAAAAAUUGUGGAUGAACUUAAACAUUAUUACCAUGGAUUCUCUUUGCUUUGGAUUGACACCAAAGUUGCUGCCAGAAUGGUUUGGAAGCUGUUGCAUGGACAGGUGCUGACCAGACGAGAGAGACGAAGGCUUUUGAGAACUUGUGCUGAUUUCUUCCGCCUGGUUCCAUUUAUGGUGUUCAUAAUUGUACCCUUCAUGGAAUUCUUAUUACCAGUGUUUCUGAAACUCUUCCCAGAGAUGUUGCCAUCAACUUUUGAAAGUGAAUCUAAAAAGGAGGAAAAACAGAAAAAGAAAAUGGCCGCAAAGUUGGAAGUAGCAAAAUUUCUUCAAGAAACAAUUACAGAAAUGACAAGGAGGAACAGGACCAAACUGGGAGAGGACUCUACACGGUUCUCAUCCUAUAUCAAACAGGUCCAAACAGGCCACAAGCCCAGCACAAAGGAGAUAGUUCGCUUUUCCAAACUAUUUGAGGAUCAGCUCACCCUGGGGCACUUAGAUCGACCUCAGCUGGUUGCACUUUGCAAACUGCUAGAAUUGCAAUCCUUUGGAACCAACAAUUUGCUCCGCUUUCGGCUCCUGAUGAGACUGAAGUCUAUAAAAGCAGAUGAUGAAAUAAUUGCCCAAGAAGGGGUGAAUGCUUUGAGUGUGUCAGAACUACAAGCAGCUUGUAGGGCCCGAGGGAUGAGAUCACUGGGUCUCACUGAGGAACAACUGAGACAACAACUCAGAGAGUGGCAGGACCUCCACCUGAAGGAGAAUGUCCCUCCUUCUCUUUUGCUCCUGUCACGAACCUUCUACAUGAUAGAUGUGAAGCCAAAGCCAAUUGAGAUCCCACUAAGUGGGGAGGCUCCAAAGACAGAUAUUCCUGUGGAAUCAUCACCUACUUCCCCUGAAUCUAAAGAGAACAUGGUGGAUUUAGCACCUCCACUGAAGGAUACUAAGGAUGAAAAAUUUAUGCAACUACCACCAAUUACAUCAUCACCCAUAACACCGUCAAUACCUAUUUCAUUACCUAAGGGAUCCAUCAUUUCUGCUAAAGAAGCUACACUCCAGGCCAAGUCACAAAAGACAACCCAGAACAGCAAGGCUAGUUCCAAAGGAGCAUAAGGACUAUUGGAGGAUGAAGCUCUCUCUCCGACUUCCUGCCCUCAGCAGUGGCAUCCAUAAAGGACCUCCCAGCUAAGACUAUCUUGUUUGGUUUGAGAAGAGGAUCAACCACUUAGUCCUUGGAGCAGUCCUUUGAGGCCUUGUAACCAUUCCAAAUGAUGUCAGGUCAGCAGUGAGACCAAGUUCAGACCAUUUAGAAAAAUAUAAUUAGAAAGAAUUUCCUCUGUACCAUUAUGUCAUCCCACUAAACUUUGUGUAAAGCCCUCCCCAUAUUGUUUUUAUCAGCUUCAUAUAUGUGCCCCCAUCCUUUAAGAGAAGAGGUUAUUUGCAUAAUGGAAUUAGCUUAGAGCCUUAGAUACCUCUGCUUCCUGUGGCUUGGUAACCUGAGUAAGACCAUGGAAACUCCAAAAACCAUUCUAAGAGCCCCUGACCAACUUUUUCAGUAGGACUAGUACCCUGCAAACAAAGUACCUUAUGAGAUGGAGUGGAUAUCCUCCCUAGUAAGGUCUUUCUGAAUAUAAAGAAAAAGCUUCUUGGAGAAUAAAAUAGGGAGUUAAACAGACUGGCAAUCAAAAAGGUUUGGCUGCCGCUUGGCUGUUCUGAGACAUCCCCCUGUGGGCUUGCAGGAAUCUGGGAGGCUGCCAUGAUUCUAGCACAUAUGGCUUUCAUUAGCCACCAUUUUGCUAGGAAACAUAAUUAAGGGUUUAAGACUUAACCAUUUGUUUGUGCUGGGCGUGUUUUUCUGGUCUGUUUGUCUUUCACAAACAAGACUAUUUGUUAGUCACAGAGGUUGUUAAAGUCUGAUAUAAUCCCUGUGCUACCCAGUAACAAAUAUUAUGUUCAGAUACUUAUGUUUGGUGUUUUCAGUAUUGUCAAAACUGAAAAAAACAAAAACAAAAACCCAACAUAAUAGAUUGCCAUGCAGCUGACCAACAGCUCUCUUCCCUUGGGGAGCGCUUAGCAGGGAAAAGGUAUUUUGGCCUGUGGGUGAUGAAAUUAGAUUUUUUUUUACUUCCUGUGAAAUUGAAAGCAGUUAGAUGGGAAUUAAUUAAACCAAGUAAAAGUCAAAUCUCCCUGUCUGGGAUCACCUAAAUAAGGACUGUCAUCAGCAUUUCAUGGUAGGGAUAUGUGCUUUUACAAGCUUCCUAAACCUCCUCUCCACCGGAGGACAAGCCACACCAUGCCCUACUAAUGAACUCCAGUUCCUUGAGAAUGAUGAAUCCCUACUAUGCAACAUUCCACAGAUCUUGCCAUUGGCCUAGCAAGGUGAUUCACAAUAAAUUUCUCCACUUUUAAAAUGA